GGUCGUAAAUCCGCCAUGUUUUCCCUGUUGAAGCGUUGCGACAGAGACGGAGGUCUGGAACGACAUGACUGAAGAAAAUAAUAAUACGGCAGCAACAGUUACCGACCAAACGGAGCAUAGCAACAUCAUCACCAUCCAAACCACGCUCGGAGACGAAGAUGAGGAUAUUCAUAAAUGCGGGAGAUGCCUGGAGGAGUUCUCCGCUCUGGAUGCUUUCCUCCAACAUAAACUCAGCAGGAGCUGCAAGCGUCCUCAGCAAGAUCAUCAGACAAACGCCGUCCCAAAUGAAGGUGCUUCCAUUGAGGUGAAAUUAAGUGAAAAUGAACAUGAUAGUUCAUCUGAUGAAGCGGGCGCGUCGAAUGCAGACAAGCAAGACAAAGCAGCAGCCGAGGGGAAAAAGAGAAGCCGCUCUGUGAGCGAGGACGACACUUCCGGUUCUGCGAAAGUCGUCUGGAAGUUAAACACGGAUGGACGGUACAUCUGCGACAUAUGUGACAAGACCUUUAAGACGACAAAUAUCCUGAGGACCCACAUGUUCACGCACAGCGAUCAGAAGGACUUCAAGUGUGAAAUAUGCGAGACUGCUUUUAGGACCAAGGGUUCGUUGAUCCGACACAAACGGCGGCACACAGAUGAGCGUCCGUACCGCUGCAAUCAGUGUGGCCUGGCCUUCAGAGAGUCCGGAGCUCUAACCAGACAUCUGAAGUCUCUCACGCCUUGCACCGAGAAGAUUCGCUACAGUCAGUGUAAAGAGAUACUUGUCAGCAAGGAUGGAGUUCGGAAAGAAGUUGAGUCGUCGACUACUGAACCGGAGAAGGAGCAAAUUCCUGUCGUGAGGGUUGUGGAAGCUGGUCAGGAAAUCAUCCAGAUCGAGUUGGUAGGACAAGUCCAACAGGUCGUGUCUCAGCCUCAAACAGCGACUGUGGUUGAAGCGGACAAUCUCAUCUGCCAGGCCAUCAUAAACUCCGGCAUCGCGCUGGAGACUGAAGCCGCGGAGGCCGCGGAGCAGGCGGAGGCCCGCUCGCCCAAAGCUGACGCCAGGCUCACUGAGAUCCAGGUGACGGAGGAGUGUGUGGAGACCGUGGCCGAGGAAACACUAGAUUCGUCUGUGAAGGAAGACGAACCCGUGGAGUCAAAAUUAUACAAAUGUCCUCACUGUGAGCGCAUGUUCAAGACGCUGGCCUACCUGAGGGUCCACGUCAAAGGGCAUGUUGGUUACAAGCCGUUUAAGUGCUUGACGUGUCAGAAGGAGUUCCUGACGGGCUACGUGCUGAAGAAACACAUGGAGACGCACGUCAGCGAGCGGCGCUAUAAGUGCGGAGAGUGCGGCAAACAGUUCAAAGCCAUCGGACACGUGCGGGAACACAUGAGAGCGCAUUCGGACGAGAGGCCCUACCACUGCAGCUUCUGUGACAAGAGAUACAAGACCAAGAAUGCCCUGCAGGUCCACCACCGCACUCACGGCGAGGAAAAGCCUUACGUGUGUCCGCACUGCUCCCGGGGCUUCAGGGAAAAGAGCGCUUUAGUGCGGCACAUCCGACAUCACACGGGAGAAAAACCCUUCAAGUGCUCAAAGUGCGGCCGGGGCUUUGCCGAGCACGGCACCCUCAACCGUCACCUGCGAGCUAAAGGAGGCUGUUUCGCUGUGCAGCAGAAGGACGCGGGGGACUCUGAGGAACAGGAGGUGCCAGCGGAGAGCGUCUCCACCACCAUCGUAUCAGACGACCCUCACGCUGUGCUGGUGGAGUUCUCCUCAGUGGUGGCCGACACUCAGGAAUACAUCAUAGGGGCACCAGCUGAGGAAGCAGCUCAAGGGGAGGAAGUGGCAAUAAUUCAAGACAAUCAGCAGCAGAUGGACAGCCACAUCAUGAAGGUGGUGCAGCAGAUCGUCAGCCAAUCGCACGGAGGCCACCAGAUCAUCGUUCGUAACGUGGCCGCAGACGAGACCCCUGGCAUCUCGGACUGUGGAGACACCAUCACCAUCGCCACACCUGAGAGCUUGACCGAGCAGGUGGCCAUGACGCUCGCCAACGCCAUAAGCGACGGCACCAUCCUCACCACGACGACAGAGGGCGCCGUGGAGACGCCCCACACCACAGUUACCAUGGUGACCGAGAACGUUGAGACCAUGGAGCAAGAGGAGCAGUACGUCAUAGCUUCCCCUGACGAAAUGGAGAUCCAGACAGUGGUCGUGGUCUAAGACGCAGGUUCUGUUAAUUUAAUACGCUUUGUUUUUGUUACAUGAACAGCCGUGGUGUAGCAUUUCGCUUCUCCGGGAGGCCUUAACCCACAACUUUUGCACUGCAAGAUGGAUCCAUCAUAACUUUUGCUUACGGAGACUUUCGAAAGUUUGUGUUUUGGGUUUUUAAUGGAUUGUUUUCAUGCCGCAGGUUAUACUAACGAACUGAUGCCAUUUUCAGUGGAUGGGAAAACCGUUUUUUCUGUAUCAGAUUUUCUCUGUUGCAUGGCAUAUAAUCAUAUGUGACUAUCAUCUACUCAUCACAAAUAUGUAACAUGACGUGUUGCCGCCCAUAACGGGGCCCAUAACACACCUGGCAGGGAACGAAAGUACGGAACAUUAAAUAUAUUUUUAUGUA